AUGUCGUACAAAACUCAAAUACACCAUAAUAAAUCACUACCAACAGUUCAUCAAAUACAUUGCUCACAAUCAAAUCAGACAGGGUUACAUAAUUCAGUACACAAACAAGAAACAAUAGGAGAUGUAAAACUAACAACUACAGCAUCACUUUAUGACAUUCUAAAACAGCAAAUACAACUGCAAGCAAGAACAAUUGAUUCUCUUCAACAACAGCUUAUUGAGUUUAAACUUUUAUCACAGCACAGAACACCGAACAACUCGAAACAACCGACAUUAUUUCACAUAACACAACAACCACAACCACAGCUUACACAUCAACUUUCAUCAUCUCAUCGACCGAAUAUAAGACUUCAUGAUACGACAAUAAUACCAUCUCCAGUAUCGUCAACGAUACAUUUAAAAGCAUCAGAUUUACCAACUUAUCGUGGAAGACAAGAUGAAGAUCAAUGGGUGGAACAAGUUUCAGCUAUCAAACAAUAUAGUCAUACGACGGACGGAGAACUACUAAAAAUACUUCCAUUAGUUUUCAGAGAUAAUGCUUUAACCUGGUUUACGACACUUGGUGAAACAAAAAGAUCAACAUUAACAACAUGGGGAGGAUGGAAAGAAAUGUUAAAGCAAGCAUUUAGACCAGCUAACUAUCAAAUAAAAUCAUUACGUGAUCUAAAAUAUCGUACAUUAACAAACAAUGAAUCUGUGAAUGAUUAUUACUUUGAUAAAUGUAGAUUAUUACGCGUAGUAUUCGGUGAAAAUGUUGAAGAAGCAACAAUGGUUAACGAUAUUAUAGAUGGUUUAUCGGGAAAUUUUAAGAUGUUUGUAUUAAGUCGAAUCAAUCCCAAUACAUCAUUAGAAGAAUUACGUCGUAUUCUAGUGGACUUGGAUUCAAAUAUUCAUGAACAGAAACUCAAUAAUACCUAUCGAUCCAGCGUCAAAUUUCACAAUCAUAGCAACGAUCAUAAUGAGCGUCGUUAUUUAAAUUCAGAUACAAAUACAAAUCGAAAUGCAACACCAACAACAAGAACAUCAAAAAUUAAUCCACCGAGUCCAUGUCCUCUUUGUCAGGGACGGCACUGGAAAAAUGAUUGUCCAUUAUUACAACAACAACAACAACAACGAGGCUUAUUUAAUAACAGAUCAGUAUUAACAAGAAACGUAUAUGACAGUAAAAUUAAUGACACAUCAAAUAAUCAACAUCGAAGAAUUAAUAAUACGAUAGCAUUAAAUAAUAAUCGACAAUGUUUUUCAAUUGACAGCAAUAAUACACAUCGAAUUGAUGAACAACAUCCAUGUGACUCUAUUGAACCAUCCAAUUUAAGUUAUGAUCAUAUCCACACUGAUAUAAACAAUGUAUAUCAUGAAAAUAACAUUUCAUCAUCAUCCCCAAUAGAUGAUAAUAAAAGUAAUUCAACAAUAGCACUCAAUUUAGACAAUUCGCUUACUGAACAAAAUUUACUUAGUGAUAAUCAACAAAUAACAUACAUGCCAGAAAUAAUGAUAACAACAAUAGAUUCAGACGAAACAACAACGUAUCAAAAUUUAUCUCCAGCUCAGUCGAAAAUUAUGAUUAAUAAUCACAUAUUAAUAGCAUGUAUUGAUACAGGAUCAUCAAUAUCUAUAAUUGAUUCACAAAUAUUGAAUGAAAUAGGUCCAGAUGCUAAAAUAGAACCACCGCCGUCUAUUGUACUACAAACAGUGAAUUCAACAAGUCAUCCUAUGGGUAAAACAAGAUUAAAUGACGCAUUUGUCAACAAAACAAAUUCGACAAUCUCAUCAAUACCAAUUGAGUUUAUCAUUAUUUCUAAUGCUCACACGAAAAUAAUUAUCGGUUAUGAUUGUUUAUUAAAAAAUGGUGCAAAAUUAAAUCUUGUUGAUGGUCAUUUUACAUUAAAGGAUUCAAAAACUGGUCAAAUACCAUUUAUUGUGCAUGAUGACAAACAACACUUUCUAGAGCAACAAAAACCGUUAUCUAAUGUAGAAACAACAACACCUUCGACACCAGAAACAGGAUCUUCUCGAGUUCAUGGUAAAAAGUCAUCGAUAAUUACAUCAUGCAAUUUUAUUAUACGGCCAUUCCAUCGUGCAUUAGUACCAGUAUUAGCUAUUAGUCCAAUUGAAACGAAGCAUGCAUUAAUUGAAUCAACCUUAAUACGUGAUGGUGAAGUCUUAACAAGAGUGGCGAAUACAGUAGUUAAAUCAAAUCACAAGAUACAUCAUGUUGAGUUAAUUAAUUUGGAAAACCGUCAAUUACUGUUAAAAAGAAGUGAACAAAUAGCAACAAUAUCACCAUUAUUAGACUCAUCGCCAAUAUUUUUAUCAAAAACAUUUACAUCAACAGCAGUUAAUACAACUAACCAUGUUCGGAGUAAUGAUAAUGAUGACGAUGAAUUAGAUAAACAAAUAUUUUUAGAUGCUUUAAGAUCAACAGAUAUAAAUCUACAACUGUCAAUGGAACAAAAACUAUUGGUCAUAGAUAUGCUACUUAAACAUCGAAAAGCAUUCGCAUAUGGCGAUCGAAAAAUAGGUUGUACAAAUAUUCAUAAAAUGAGAAUUGAAACUGGUGAUGCAGCUCCAGUAUCAAAGCCACCUUAUCAUGCUUCACCACGCGAACGACGGAUAAUGGAAAAUCAAAUUAUAGAAUUAGAACAACAAGAUAUAAUUGAAGAUUCAUCAUCAGAAUGGGCAUCACCAGUUGUUCUUGUAAUGAAAAAAGACGGAACAAUUAGGAUGUGUGUCGAUUACCGCAGAUUAAACAGUGUUACCAAAACAGAUCAAUAUCCCGUUCCUCGUAUGGAGGAUAUAUUAACUCAUUUUUCACAAAAACAAUACUUCUCAACAUUUGAUUGUAAUAAAGGUUUCCAUCAGAUUGAAUUAGCAACAGAUGAUGAUAAACAGAAAACAGCAUUUCGUAGCCAUUUAGGGCUGAAACAAUAUAAACGUAUGCCAUUUGGUCUUAAGAACGGUAGUGCUAUAUUUCAACGUGUUAUGGAUAAAAUUUUGAAACAAUAUAACUGGAAGUUAGCAUUGGUUUAUGUUGAUGACCUAAUUGUAUCAAGUGUUACAUUUGAAGAACAUUUAGAUUAUUGUGAUAAAAUAUUAAAAUUAUUAAUAGAUGCAAAUAUAACUAUGAGUUUAAAAAAAUGUCAUUUAUUUCAACAACAUGUACAAGCAUUAGGUCAUAUUAUAUCUAAUUUAGGUUUAUCAACAUGUGAAAAAAAGGUUAAAGCGGUAGCUAAUUGGAAAACACCCAAAAAUCAAAAACAGAUGCAACAAUUUUUAGGGUUAGCUACAUACUAUCGUCGUUUUAUAAAACAUUUCGCCACAAUAGCAAAACCAUUGACAAGAUUAUUAGCUAAAGAUAAACCGUUUAUUUGGACAGAUGUAGAACAAGCUGCAUUUGAAGCAUUAAGAACUGCAUUAAUUACGGCUCCAGUUUUAGCACAACCAAAUUUUAGUCAACCAUUUCGUCUUUAUACUGAUGCAAGUAACGUUGGCAUAGGUGCUAUUCUUGGACAAGUACAAAAUGAUGGUACUGAACGCGUUAUUUGUUAUAUAUCAAGACAAUUAAAUGCAGCUGAACAGAAUUAUAGCGCCACUGAAUUAGAAUGUUUAGCUGUUGUCUGGUCAUUAAAAAGAUUACAUACAUAUUUAGAUGGUUCGAAAUUUGAAUGUAUUACAGAUCAUAGUGCAUUACAAUGGUUAUUUGACUUCAACGGGCAUAAUAAACGUUUAUUAAGCUGGUCACUCAGUAUACAAAAUUACCGUGAUACA